UGUUCGUAUUUUUCAUAGGGGUAGUAUUGGAAAGAGUUACAGUCCAAUUCAGAACAGAGAAAGCAGAAGUGGAAGUGGAAAUUUAAGUUCAGCUAGCAACGUUAAUAUGGAAACUGUCGGUACUAGUGGUAAUGGAUCGAAUGAUUCUUACAAUUCACCGCAUCUUACCGAAGCACUUCUAUCAAAGCACAAUAAAGAAAUGGAAAAGAUAAUGAGGAAAAGGUACCGAGAAUAUCGAUCAACUGUUAAAGAAAAGGACGGGAAAUUGUAUAAGAACAAUAAGAAAACACAAAUGGUAUCAAACGCCGUUGAGAAGAAUGAUAGAAAUCCAAACUGCGUCAACCAUCCUCAUGGAGUAAAGAGAAGUGGAUCAAGGUCUUGGGAGGGUGACCAUCAUAAAAUUACUAAGCAUAAACAUCAAAUAAAUCUUAACCCGGCUAAAGGCGAAACUGGGACUGGAGAUAAUAACAAUUUUAAUAAUUUACGAACCCCUCAAGACACACUGAGAGAAGAAAAUUAUUAUAUGCCACAGAUUAACGAUACCAAUCUCUGGCCGCCUUUCUCAUUGUCUGUCACCCCAGUUAACAAUUCCUACACAUUCACCAGAAACGAAGGUGUCAAAAACAAUAGCGGAUUUGCCGGAUUGUUUCCAGUUUACUUUGUGCCAACACAAAGCGAGCAACCACCGAUUCAAAACACUAAUGACACUUACCGACCCAGCCCCGUUCAAGGUAAAUAUGUACGGCAGAGUUAAUGAUUAAUGCCCUUU